GCGGCAUCACCGAACGACCUGCGACAAACAGCAAGAUUCUUAUUAACAUUACGUGCAGAUGCAAGAAUGUCUGCACCUCUCUUCACAGACACUUUAUGCACACACUCCUUCUACAUGUCAUGUUUCAAACUGCAAAUGUUGUCGUCAGCCUCAUAGAUUAAAUGAGCACAUUACAGCGGCAGUGUAGUGAAACAGGCAUCGUUUACUCGAUAUUCGCAAAGUGAGUAUGUGUUUUUCGGGCUGCAGGCUGUGAUUGGUUGGUAUGGGAGAUGGUGAAUGUCUCCACCGCAAUUCAGUCCACCAUGGAUACAACGCAACAGCUAGACCACAACUUCACUCCACAGAACCUCCCCACCGACACCCUACCCAGCUUUCAGCAUCUCAACCUGGGCUCACCGACUCACCCUGGUCUGCAGGAGGCCAGCACGCCCCCAGCCCCUCAGCACAGCUACUUCUAUCAGAACAACAUCCCAUCGCCCCCAUGCCACACUCACUGGAAUACACAUGACAUCGCUACCCACUGCCCCUCAUCCAAUGCACUGCAUGCGAACCCCACUCAGCACAUGCAAGGGCUGGACCCAUGCCGAAGCCUUGGCAUUUCACCAAUGCAUUCAAAUGGAAGUCGACAGAGUUAUCCAACGACACUUCAGCUGGCAAACCAAGAGCUGCAGCUCUGCCGACCCCCACCUGCCUCACUAUACCACCCCCUUCACGAAGCUAACAGAGAGUCUCCAGCCGUCCCAUGUCUGCAACCGUACACGGAUCCGCAUGUUUUAAACGGAGCGCAGCCUCUAAAUCAACACUGCGUGUCCAGUAGUCUUCCUCUGAAUGGCCUUCCUCCGAAUGGACAAUGUCUGAGCCACGGACACCACAGCAGUUCUCCGACUGCUUACGGACACGUGAAAAGAGCAACGCUUCCUCUUCCUCUUGCCGGUUCUGUUCCACUUCAUUUGUCACCCUCCUCCCCGAUACAACAGCAGCAACAGUGGACACUUCCAGCUGAUGGUGGGCCCAUCUAUGAAGCGGCCCCUCAGGAGCCCCUACACCCAGGAUCCCAGGGCCCUGAUGGGAGCGAUGCAGCCCAGUCCCCCAGUUCUGAGUCCCGCUACGGCCUGGACCCCAAGAUCCUUCCAAGUGCUGUGCGGGUGAUGGCAGAAGACCGCGCAGAGUGGGAAGGGAAGGUCUACAGGUCUGGGCCCGAUUCGUCUCUCCCUCCCCUGGCCACCACUCGUUGUAACAUAGAGGACGGAGGCAGCGCAAGUCCCUGCGCCAUCCGCUGCACCACCUACCGGGUUCCCUGCGAGGCCCAGGCCGCCCAGCUCAGCCGCCUGCCCCUGGGAGCUCUGCUCUCACCCAUGGCCCCACUGGGUCCCGGAGAGGGAGCCCUGCCGCUCUGCAGUGAACAGGAGUGUCUGAAGGGCUGCGGGGGGUGUGGGGCCUCCAUGUGUCCUGCUAUGAGCUGGCAGGACUGUGGUCAACGGUUCUACUGCCCGUUCUGUGGGAAAUUCAACGAUGUGCCCUGGCAGCACUACCAGCACACUGCAGGAGUGGAAGGCGUCCGUGUGGACCGCGACCAGAGGCCGGAGCUCCGCAUGGGGUCCUACGAGAUACUCCACCCCAACAAGGAGGAGGCAGCUGUUCUCCUGCUGGCUCUGGACGUUUCCCCCCCAGCGCUCAGAGGUGGACACCUGGACUAUGUAACACAACAGAUACGCACCCUGCUCCACUCUCUACACAGGGAGCAUGGCACCACUGAAACCCCCCCAGCAGACCUCAGGGUGGGCCUGAUGACCUACGACAGCAGGAUCCACCUGUACGACCUCAGCCCCGCUCUGUCCCGCCCACACAUGCUGGUUGUCACGGAGACGGACGACCUACAGCUCCCUGUGAGGGACGGGCUCCUGGUGUCGCUCAGAGACUGCAUGGACAGCAUUGACAGUGUGUUGCAGCAUAUCCCCCUGUUCAGUUCGGAUGGGGGGGAGACCCACGGCGUUCCCGUUGAGCUGCCCAUCAGAGCUGGACUCUCUAUACUACAGGCCAUGGGUUGUCCCGGUAAACUACUACUCUUCCACACGGCUGCCCUAACGGAGGGGGAAGACACACAAUUCUCAGGGUUCUUUGGUUCAAACAAGCCAAAGUCUAUCUUUCAGCCAUCAGAUCCUGCUGUUUCAAUGGCCAGGGAAUGCACCAAUCAGGGCUGUGGUGUGCACCUAUUCAUGCUCUCCCAACAGGAUGUGGGAGGGGCUUGGCCAGGAAACAUCCCCUAUCUAACAGGAGGGGUUCUUUAUGUUUACAAUAACCUGCAGGGGGAGCUGGAGAGGCAGUGUUUCAGCACAGACCUGAGGAGCGCCGUGGAGGCUCAGACAGUCUACAAGGCUCAGCUCAGGAUUCAUGUCAGCAAAGAGUUGCGUGUCUCUGGCUGUUACGGGCUCUUCAACCCCGGGGACAAGCCCAGCCAGGUUGCCCUGGCAACCCUUGAUUGGAGGACAACACUAGCUGUAGAACUUGCAUACCUGAGGGAUCUGGAUGAGAAAAGGGGCGUGGCUAUACAGGUAACGGCCACCUACAGCGACGCGGCGGGACAGAGACGCAGCAGGGUUCACACGCUGGUGCUGCGCUGCUCUCGCCACCUGCUGGACACGUUCCGCCACUGCCAGGCGCAGACGCUGCUGUCCUUCUACUGCAAGAAGACCUACUGUGCGGUGUUGGAGCGCCCUCUGCAGGACCUGAGGGGGGAACUGCAGGCAGAGGUCACGGCAGCCCUGGCCUGUUACCGUAAACACUGCAGCUCUGCUUGUGUCUCUACAGGACAGCUGGUGCUGCCUCCGCCGCUCCGCCCGCUGCCCGUCUACAUCAACAGCCUGAGGAAGAGCGAGGUGCUGCUGCCCGGCCUGCGCAGCUCGGUCCACCAGCGGCUGCAGCUGCGGUGCCAGGUCCUGCGCAUGGACGCCUCCAGCACCGCCGCCCACUUCUACCCUCUGCUGCUCCCGCUGCCCAGGUGUGUAGAGGACUGCAGCGAUGCGGCGGGCCCCCCGGACCCCGCUGACGGGCUGCGCUGCACAGCAGACAGCCUGGAGCAGGGGGGCCUCUACCUGGUCAGCGGGCCCCUGGCCCUCCUUCUCUGGGUGGGGAGCCACGUCCGCCCGGCCACCCUGGUGCAGCUCUUCAACGCCAGCUGCUUCUCCUCCCUGCCCUCCGGCGAGACAAAGAUGUGUUCUCUGGACAACUCCUUAUCCACCAGAGUCUGCUCUCUCAUCGACACGCUCAGUUCCCAGGCUCCCUACGCCCGCAAGCUGUGGGUGGUGAAGCAGGGGGACGGGUGUGAGGAGGCGCUGCAGCGACACCUGGUGGAGGACAAGAGUCCCAACGGGGGAGCGUCCUACGCUGACUUCCUCUACCACCUACACAUCAACUCAGUCAAGCUGCUGCAGUGAAAACCCAUCUCUCACACACACACACACACACACACACACACACACACACACACACACACACACACACACACACACACACACACACACACACACCGGAUCACGAAUGGGGGACAUA